AGACCACACUUGAUAAACAUUAGGAUUUUAUGUAACUGGUUCGUCAAUAUUGUCUAUUUGAUGAAUCAUUUAUCACCAUUGCAGAGACAUACAGGAGAAAAAUUUUCUUCAACUAUGAGAAGCGUAUAAGGAUGAGAAGUUCCCCGGAAAAGGUUUUUGAGUACUUUGCAUCUUAUCGUACCCCAGAAGGAGAUAUUUUCAUGACACCGGAUGAUCUAAUGCGAGCCAUUGUUCCAGUUUUUCCACCAUCUGAAUCAAACCUGGUGAGAGAUGGAUAUCUUAGAGGAGAGAGGAGUCCUGGACACCUACGUUGUACUCCUUCAGAGUUAUUUAUGCUUUUUGACAUGAACGGUGAUGGCCUUAUUUCCUUUAAAGAGUACAUUUUCUUCGUUACAAUGUUAAGCAUCCCAGAGACAAGCUUUACCGUAGCUUUUAAAAUGUUCGACAGUGACUGCAACGGAGAGAUAGACCGAGAGGAAUUCAAGCGUAUUAUGACAUUGAUGCGCGCUCACAAUAGACAAGGGGCUUUCCAUAGUAAUGGGCGUCGACCUGGGAUGAAAGUUGGCGGAGCAGUAGAAGAAGGAGGUUUGGUUGAGUACUUCUUUGGUGAAGACGGAAAGCAGCAUCUCGAAUAUGGAAAAUUUGUCCAAUUCUUGAAGUCUCUUCAUGAUGAGAUGGUGAAGCUAGAAUUUGCUCACUAUGACUACAAGUCACGCGGGACUAUGUCAGCCAAGGACUUUGCAUUAUCCAUUGUUGCUUCGGCUGAUAUGAAGCAUUUAAGCAAGCUGCUUGAUCGAGUUGAAGAAAUGAGCAAUGAUUCAGAAUUUGGUAAAAUACGCAUUUCAUUUGAAGAAUUCAAGAGCUUUGCUGAUCUACGAAAACACCUGGAGUCAUUUUCUCUAGCCCUUUUUACUUUUGGGAAAUCAAAUGGUUUACUCACAAGAGAGGAUUUCCAGCGGGCUGCUUCCCAGGUAUGCGGCAUCUCCUUGACAGACAAUGUGGUUGAUAUAAUUUUUCACAUAUUUGAUACAAACCGUGAUGGAAGUUUAAGCUCCACUGAACUGUUAAGAGUUCUACAUAAAAGGGUAAGAGAUAUUGGGCAUCCCACAGAGGCUGGUAUGAUGAACUUCCUAUCUUGCUUCUGGAACUGUUCGAAAAACUCUUCUAGCUUACUUUUUAGAGGAUAGAGUUUGCUCUAUUUCAUCAACGUUAUUACAGCAGGCGAUGUGGGGGAAUACGGGAUACAGGCAUUUAGAUAUGCUUAAUUUAUCUUUGUAACUUUGGUGACUCAACUUUCUUAUAAAAAGUUUCUAAUAGUAGUGUAAAUGUUGAUUAUAUAACAUGCUCUGCUACUACAGUAUAACUAGCUCUCUAAUACAAGUCCCGGCCUGAAAACUGGGCUCCUUUUUUUUUUACUAUAGUAACAAACAAAAUAUCAGAUUUGAUAUUUCUGAG